CCAGCUGGCCCUUGCCUUGCAGCAAGUCCCUCCCUUCACUGGCAAUAGCGACUACUUCUCCUGACAUCCAGAAUAUCCUGAAGACCAGCAGACUGGUCCAACUUUCUGGACUGAUUAUCUGUAAUUGGUAGCUCCAGGUUGAAGAAGAAAACGCCCUACCUAUUCAUUUUGGAGCCAGGUUAACUGAAAAAGUGCCACAAGCCGAUAUGUCAGGGGACCUGGCAGCCGUGAGCUGGGGCUACACAGAAGUCAGUUUCCAGAAAUUCACCUACAUUUGGACCAUCGGCAACUUCUGUUCUAUCCUGCGGGAAAUGAGGGAAGCCAUUGAAAGCCCAACCUUCUCCUCAGGAGCCAGGGACAAAAACAGAUGGAGUUUGAAAAUACACCCGAACGGGAUGGAUGAAGAAAGCAAAGGCUACUUGUCAGUUUACCUAACGUUGCUCAGCUGCCCAAGGAGACCAGUGUGGGCAAAGUUCCAGUUUUGGAUCAUCGACUCCGAAGGAGAGAAAACACAAGGCAUGAAGAGCCCAAGAUUCUUCAGGUUCCAGCAAAAUCAGCAGUGGGGAUUCAGAAAGUUCAUCCCUCGACAUUCCCUCUUGGCCCAGGAGCCUUGGCUGCUCGAAGACAAUGAACUCAGCCUGAGAUGCAAGGUGACUGUGGCCCAAGACUCCUUAGGCUUCUCUGACGAGACCACGAUGCCAGGGAUCCAGGUUCCAAGGUGCACUCUGGCAGAUGAGCUAGGAGAGCUGUGGGAGAAUUCCUUCUUCACAGACUGCUGCCUGGUGGUAGCUGGCCAGGAAUUCCGGGCUCACAAGGCCAUCUUAGCAGCUCGCUCUCCAGUUUUCAGAGCCAUGUUUGAACAUGACAUGCAGGAGAGCAGAACAAACCGCAUUGAGAUCCACGACAUGGAGCCUCAAUGCUUCAGAGCAAUGAUGGCCUUCCUUUACACCGGGAAGGCACCGGAUCUCCACAGCAUGGCAGAUGUACUGCUUGCAGCUGCCGACAAGUACGGCCUGGAGCGUUUGAAGGUCAUGUGUGAGGACGCCCUCUGCAAGGACCUCUCCGUGGAGACUGCUGCCCACACUCUGGUCAUGGCUGACCUCCACAGUGCAGGGCAGCUGAAAACCCAGGUGCUGGAUUUCAUAACAGCUCAUGCUUCUGAAGUCUCUGAGACUUCAAGCUGGAAGACAAUGGUGGGCUCAUAUCCCCACUUGCUGGCUGAAGCAUACAGCUCCCUGGCUUCUGCUCACUGCUCAUUACUGGAGCCCCCUCCCAAACGCCUCAAGCAAUCUUAGGAUCCUGUCAGCUCUGACCUACAGGUGUAUUCUAUACGCGGCAGCAGGCAUUCUUUCCAAGGACACCUGGGCAGACUACCGGACGCUGUAGCAUUUUCAGAGAACCUGUGGAAAGACAGCAUGGGGGCUCAGGCCUUUCAUUCGCCAGGAAAUAUGUGGAAUGGCAGUUUUGGGGAGGGAGAGCACUGCCUUCUGGGACCCUGUACUGGUUUGCUUUCACUACAUUGAGUCGGAUACUGGGGAAUCAGUGAGGUUGUUGGCCCCAAGCACAUCCCAACAGGGUUUCUUUGGAGGAACCUGUCUGGAUGAGACUGAGCAGAGCACAUGAUCACGGAUUUAGACCAAAGCAGAAAGCAAACAUGAAUAUGCACUUCCAAGAGAUGAGGAAGAGGAAGGAAGACAGUUUCUCUCUCCAUGCCUAGUGUGUGGGGACUGGACUUUUGACUCAGUUGGCCAAAGCAGUUGGGGCUCCUGCAGAAGACCAGUUCCAUGAGUUCAGCUGUCAGCAUAUGAGGGAUACUUCUCAUAAUUCUCUAACUGGAGAUCCAGAGCAAUGAAGUCCUCCUCUUGUCUCUCCUGCUGUAUCCAUUUCUGUAAAACAAACACUAUAAAAUGAAUAAAAAAUUUAGGCAAC